UUGGAACAGAGUUUCAUCACCAUUCCGGACUUUCUGAUAAGUCUGCCUUCAACCAUUUUUUUUUCUCUGGUUUCAAGUAUACGGAUUCGGAUCAUCCAAAAAUCCAUCUCACUAUCUUUAUUUUCUGGACUACUUUGUCAUGUUGGUUGACGAUACAUCAAUCUCUCUUCUAACUAAUCAGAACAGAAGAAAUGUUUGAAGACUAAAUGUUGUUAUUGGAGGAGACAAACAAGCCAAUAAAAAAAGUCAACGAGAUAUAUCUGACUUUAGUGGGCUAUGGAGUAGAGUAAGCAGACAGCAAAAUGCAAGAGACUGUGUUCCUCUUCACUGAAGAGAAUCUGAACAAAGGGCAAUCCUCAGGGGGCAAAUAUAAACAAAGCUCUCGACGUGUUGUGCCCAUGACAAGUUGUGAGGUGAGUGAUUCGGCUGCGGAGAUUAGAAUAGUAGAAAAGGUGCUAAAGAACGGCGACCUUUACAAUGGAGGCUUAUCUGCCGGUGUUCCACAUGGGACAGGGAAGUAUCUGUGGUCGGACGGUUGUAUGUACGAAGGGGAGUGGACACGUGGCAAAGCGAGCGGUAAAGGACGUUUUUCGUGGCCAUCGGGAGCGACCUAUGAGGGUCAGUUCAAGGACGGUCGAAUGGAUGGAGAAGGAACGUUCAUUGGAAUCGACGGUGACACUUAUAGAGGGCAUUGGCUGUGGGGAAGAAAGCAUGGCUACGGAGAGAAGCGUUAUGCAAACGGCGACGUUUACCAAGGAAACUGGAAGGCCAAUCUACAAGAUGGCAACGGACGUUACGUGUGGAGCGAUGGGAAUGAGUAUGUAGGAGAGUGGAAGAAUGGUGUUAUCUCUGGGAAAGGAGCCAUGACUUGGGCUAAUGGAAACCGUUAUGAUGGUCUAUGGGAAAAUGGAGCCCCGGUUGGGAAAGGGGUGUUGAGUUGGGGAGAGGAGAAGACUAGUAAUAGUGGAUGGGGGAGAAAGAGCAAGAAGAAAGAUGAUGAGAUUGUUCAACAUCAUAAGCUCUCUUCUGUGGAAGCUUUGUCAAUGAAUACCAAUUUCCCGAGGAUUUGUAUAUCGGAGUUGGAGGAUACUAGCGUGUCUGAUCAUGUUGAGGCGAGUCCGUAUACGAGCGAGUCAGAUACAAGCGGAUGCGGAGAGCAUGAAUGGGCAAGAAGUCCUUUGCUUUUAGAGAGUGGUGGUGCCAUGAGUUUGCAACAAAGUCCAAGAUGGUUGGAUGAAGGAGAUUGUAAGAAACCAGGGCAUACGGUUACAGUGAGUGAUUCGGCUGCGGAGAUUAGAAUAGUAGAAAAGGUGCUAAAGAACGGCGACCUUUACAAUGGAGGCUUAUCUGCCGGUGUUCCACAUGGGACAGGGAAGUAUCUGUGGUCGGACGGUUGUAUGUACGAAGGGGAGUGGACACGCGGCAAAGCGAGCGGUAAAGGACGUUUUUCGUGGCCAUCCGGAGCGACCUAUGAGGGUCAGUUCAAGGACGGUCGAAUGGAUGGAGAAGGAACGUUCAUUGGAAUCGACGGUGACACUUAUAGAGGGCAUUGGCUGUGGGGAAGAAAGCAUGGCUACGGAGAGAAGCGUUAUGCAAACGGCGACGUUUACCAAGGAAACUGGAAGGCCAAUCUACAAGAUGGCAACGGACGUUACGUGUGGAGCGAUGGGAAUGAGUAUGUAGGAGAGUGGAAGAAUGGUGUUAUCUCUGGGAAAGGAGCCAUGACUUGGGCUAAUGGAAACCGUUAUGAUGGUCUAUGGGAAAAUGGAGCCCCGGUUGGGAAAGGGGUGUUGAGUUGGGGAGAGGAGAAGACUAGUAAUAGUGGAUGGGGGAGAAAGAGCAAGAAGAAAGAUGAUGAGAUUGUUCAACAUCAUAAGCUCUCUUCUGUGGAAGCUUUGUCAAUGAAUACCAAUUUCCCGAGGAUUUGUAUAUCGGAGUUGGAGGAUACUAGCGUGUCUGAUCAUGUUGAGGCGAGUCCGUAUACGAGCGAGUCAGAUACAAGCGGAUGCGGAGAGCAUGAAUGGGCAAGAAGUCCUUUGCUUUUAGAGAGUGGUGGUGCCAUGAGUUUGCAACAAAGUCCAAGAUGGUUGGAUGAAGGAGAUUGUAAGAAACCAGGGCAUACGGUUACAGCCGGACAUAAAAACUAUGAUUUAAUGUUAAAUCUACAACUUGGGAUUAGGUACUCUGUCGGGAAACAUGCUUCCCUUUUGAGGGAACUUAGGCAUUGUGAUUUUGAUCCCAAGGAUAAGCAAUGGACCAGGUUUCCCCCGGAAGGCUCUAAAUCUACGCCUCCCCAUCUAUCCGUUGAAUUCAAAUGGAAGGAUUAUUGCCCUAUUGUGUUUAGGCAUUUGAGAGACUUAUUUGCGAUAGAUCAAGCGGACUACAUGCUCGCUAUUUGCGGAAAUGAAUCUCUUCGAGAAUUUUCUUCGCCUGGAAAGAGUGGUAGCUCCUUUUACUUGACUCAAGAUGAACGCUUCAUGAUCAAAACCAUGAAAAAAUCCGAAAUUAAGGUAUUGCUUAAGAUGCUUCCAAAUUAUUACGAGCAUGUUUCCAAGUACAAGAACUCUUUGGUCACUAAGUUCUUUGGUGUGCAUUGCGUCAAACCAGUAGGAGGACAAAAGACUCGGUUCAUAGUGAUGGGCAAUCUGUUUUGUUCGGAGUAUCGUAUACACAAACGAUUUGACUUGAAAGGUUCAUCACACGGCCGUACCAUUGACAAAGAUGAAGGUGAAAUCGACGAGACCACAACACUCAAAGACUUGGAUCUCAAGUAUGUGUUUCGACUUGAGACGUCAUGGUUUCAAGCCUUCAUCAACCAAAUCGAUAUCGACUGUGAGUUCCUUGAAGCUGAAAGAAUUAUGGACUAUAGCCUCUUGAUUGGUCUCCAUUUCCGUGAAUCUGGGUUGCGUGAUGACAUUUCCUUGGGCAUCGGUCGAAGAGAUCAGGAGGACAAAUUGAUGAGAGGGUAUAAUUCACUUCCAAAUAUGGACUCUGUCAUCCAAACUUGUAACGGACCCUUAAUGAGACUAGGAGAAAGUACACCGGCAAAAGCAGAGCAGGUGAGAAAAUUUGGGGAAGAGUCAUGGGAAGAAGACGACAUUGACAACUCAAAUCCUAAGAGUACGAAGAAAGAGGUCAUUGAGGUGAUCCUUUAUUUCGGUGUUAUUGACAUUCUUCAAGACUAUGAUAUCACCAAAAAACUAGAGCACGCCUACAAGUCACUCCACGCAGAUCCCACUUCCAUUUCAGCUGUUGAUCCUAAGCUUUAUUCCCGAAGGUUUAGAGACUUCAUAAACAAAAUAUUCAUUGAAGACAAAUGAAAAUGGAACUAACAUGCAACACCUACACAAGUUCAAAGAAGAAGAAUUUUAUUGUACAUCAGAAUCUAAGGCAUGGGGUUUGGCAUUUAAUUUUUUGGGUUUUGAAUGUCAAAUUAAAACCUAGAGGCCCCCUAAAUACGAUUAGAUCGCACGGCACCCCGCAAUGUUGCUCGAAUCCAAGAUGUUGAAGAGGUUGCCGGCUGUUUUGAGAUGAAUUUUUGGGGUUUACUCAUUUUGUAAAGAGGAAGAGAGUUUUGGUGCUUCCUCGAAAGCUAGAGUAGAUAUUAGGACAAUGCUUCUUGAUUUUAUUGUUAAUUAUAUGGUGAGCCGAGCUGACAAAAUCUACAUGGACAAAGAGUAAACUUUUUUUGCAUUUUGUUUUUGCCUCUGACUCAUUACUGUUAA